AUGAGACACAUCUUGACCGACCUUCGCGGCAAUCCCAUUUAUUCCUUCGCCCAUCGCCGGCUCCGUCGUAUGAGGCAUUCCCACGCCUCAACGCUUUUGUUGCUCGUCCAGAAUCGCUCGUGGGAAUCCGUCCUCCACCGGGCAGCUCAGCACCCCCAAGAAGUUUGGAUCGUCGACGACGGUGGGAAUACGCCCUUGCACGUAGCUGCUCGGCUCGAUCCUCCGCCUGCCGUCGUGAAGGCGCUGCAGGUGACGUCAAGGGUUGCAAAUUUGGAAGGGAUCACACCGUUGCACAUAGCGGCAUCGCAUCGGUGUUCUGCCGCCGCUUUGCGGGCACUCAUUGCCUGUGCUGGUUCUGCGACAACAAUCACUACAGAUGGAACUGUUGCUGGAUGCCUCGUAGAUACUCCUUCCUUGAAGGAAAGCGAUGCUUCGUCUGUAGGCGAAAAAGAAAAAGUAGGGCUUUCUCCUACCGCUGACUUGUCUCGUAUGGGCCGAGCCCCAAUUCACUAUGCUUGUUUGUCUUUUCGGGGACACAACAUUGAGGCCUUUUCGGUCCUUCUUGAUGCAACGCUAAAAAGCGGUUUUGUCACCUUGCACGAUUUUGUGGUUGAUGAAGCUCUACCGGACUUUGAAGAGUUCGACGAAGAGUUCACUGACGACUUUUGCGACACCAAAAACCUUAAGUCUCAGCAUUUUGAAGCGAAGCAACGAGUGAAGAAGGUCAUUAACGUGAUGAACAUGAAGGACGCAACGGGACAAACCCCACUGGGACUUUUAUUUCGCCGGUACCGGGAACGUGUCCGUUGCGUAAUAUCCACCGUGGAUCGACUACGUCGCGAACAUCCGAAUCGGGAACAAGCGGCAGUAGGAGCAGCGUUGGCUGUCCACGCCGAUUUGGGAGAACUUUGGGAAAAGGCGCGCUUGAUUGUUAUUAAACUUACAGAGGAGCGAUUGCAACGUGAAGAUUCCGAAAAAGCGGCAUCCAACAGGUCCAUAAUUAUAUCUAGCAACGCUACUGAAAUGAGUCCUCCGUCUCCCGGAGAGGAGGCUGUCGCUCAAGAAGCAGCUCAGUAUGCGAUGGAGCGUCAUCAAAGAGUUGACAACACGAGCAUAGAAGACGAGGACUUCCUCACUUUGCCAGGAGACGAACUUGUUAACGACCGAGACACACGACGCCUUAAGUUCCGAAUUGUCCAUGCUUCGGUGGGUUUGACGGGGUACGGCUGUCCACCAGAAAUGAUACGUUUGGCUCUUUCCAUCUAUCCCAACCAAGUCCACGAAAUGGACGAAGACGGCAAUUUACCACUGCACAUUGCUGUAGCAGAGGCGAACUAUGUAGCCACGACACCGAAUGGGGGUCUUCCAGAAUUUCAUAAUCAACUCGGUAUUGGAGAGAUUUCCGACGAUCACAGUGUUGUGUCUGCUAUGAGUUUCUUUUCCUCGGCAACUAUAUCCCAGACCGUCAACCCAUUCGACAAGGUCAUCAAGAUGCUCUUGCAGCAGUAUCCGGAAGCUGCCAAGAUCCCUCAAGGUCGGACUGGUCGGCUGCCGUUGGUAAUGGCCUUGGAAUCGGGUCUGCGGACUUGGGAAGACGGAAUUCGGACCUUGUUGAACGCCUACCCGCCAGCGCUGCACGACAAGAAGCUAAUUGAGCCUGCUUUGUAUCCGAACGUGUUGGGUUUGGUCACGAACGCCUCUAACCUUCUCUUUCCCUUGUCACGUAUUGGUGGAAGCUCUACUGGGCUGGACGAUUUGCUGCCUAGAGGAAGCCAGCAUCUUCGCUCGCGCAGAGCUCGCAGCAACACGCAAGCAAAACGUCGGGAAGAGUGCGCCCGAACGACACUGUUUGAGCUGCUUCGCACUAAGCCUGAGUGGUUGGUGUCGGAAGCAUAG